UGAAGAGCCGAGUCUUCUGAACAGAUAGUGCUAGAAGACGCUACCUGACUCCAGUCUGGCUGCAAGUUUUGAAGCUCUUCCAAAACAUCUUGUGCCUUCCUCGGUUCCCUCCCCUUCCUGCUGUUUUGCAGAUACAUCCACUAGGGAAUUAUGUGGCAGGAAGGCGUGAUUUUAUUUAGUGAGCCCUUGAGUCCUGGUUUGUGCAGCCCCUGCAUGCAGCCCGUGGCCCUGGGGUUCAGCUCAGCUCCAUCAUCUGAAACAUGAGGACCUGGUUGCUUCUGCUCGCCGGCGGGAUCUGCAUGGGAAACGUGAACGCACAGGACACGUGCAGGCAGGGGCACCCUGGCGUCCCUGGGAAUCCCGGUCACAACGGUUUGCCCGGGAGAGAUGGACGAGACGGAGCAAAGGGCGACAAGGGAGAGGCAGGAGAACCAGGACAUCCUGGUGGUCCAGGGAAAGAUGGAAUGAAUGGAGAGAAAGGAGAACGAGGAGCAGACGGAAAAGUCGAAGCCAAAGGCAUCAAAGGCGAUCAAGGCUCCCAGGGACCCCCAGGAAAACACGGGCCCAAGGGAUUUGUUGGUCCCAUGGGAGAGAAAGGCCUCCAGGGGGAGACUGGCCCUCGAGGGCCAAAGGGGGAGAAAGGCGACGUGGGGCCCACUGGUCCUCAGGGGCUACAGGGCCACACUGGGCCUUCGGGGCCAACUGGUCUACCUGGCCCCAUGGGCCCCGUCGGAAAGCCUGGCCCCAAGGGAGAUGCUGGGCCCCUCGGGCCCCAGGGGGAGCCGGGAGUCCGGGGGAUGAGAGGCUGGAAAGGGGACCGAGGCGAAAAAGGGAAAAUCGGCGAGACUCCCGUCUUGCCCAAAAGCGCUUUCACGGUGGGCCUCACGGUACUGAGCAAGUUUCCGGCUUCAGAUGCGCCCAUUAAAUUUGAUAAGAUCCUGUACAACGAAUUCAAUCACUACGAUGUAGCCACGGGGAAAUUCACUUGCCACGUUGCCGGGGUCUAUUACUUCACCUACCACAUCACUGUCUUCUCCAGGAACGUUCAGGUAGCUUUGGUCAAAAAUGGGGUAAAAAUCCUGCACACCAAGGACGGCUACAUGAGCUCAGAGGACCAGGCGUCUGGAGGCAUCGUGCUGCCCCUGAAGCUGGGGGACGAGGUGUGGAUGCAGGUGGCAGGAGGGGAGAGGUUUAACGGCUUGUUUGCGGAUGAGGACGAUGACACAACUUUCACGGGCUUCCUUCUGUUCAGCCAGUGACGGGGAGGCGGUUAGACUCUGCUCACCACCCAUCGGAGACGGCUUCGUGAAAAUGCUGUCCGAUGAUUCUACUCUACGAAGCACCCUCAUUACUGUAAUCAUCACAGAGCGGCACCCAAGUGCUCGUGUCGGGGCGCCCGGCUGGCUCAGCUGGGGGGGGCCUUGCAGCUCUCGA